CUGUUGCAAGAGCCCGGCUCGUAUGUUGGCGAGAUAAUCAAAGUUAUGGGCAAGAACAAGGUUCUUGUCAAGGUUCAGCCAGAAGGGAAAUAUAUUGUUGACUUCGAUAACGAGCUGGACAUUGUUUCCCUAAAACCAUCCCUCCGUGUUGCCCUUCGCUCCGACUCAUACACCAUCCACAAAAUUCUCCCCAACAAAGUUGACCCACUUGUCUCCCUCAUGAUGGUUGAGAAGGUCCCCGACAGUACAUACGAGAUGAUCGGUGGUCUCGACGAGCAAAUUAAAGAAAUCAAGGAGGUCAUCGAGUUGCCCGUCAAACAUCCCGAACUCUUUGAAUCUCUAGGCAUUGCUCAGCCUAAGGGUGUACUGUUAUAUGGUCCCCCUGGAACCGGGAAAACACUUUUGGCUCGUGCUGUUGCCCAUCACACAGAUUGCAAAUUCAUCCGUGUAAGCGGAUCUGAGCUUGUCCAGAAAUAUAUUGGAGAAGGGAGUCGUAUGGUUCGUGAGUUAUUCGUCAUGGCGCGUGAACAUGCGCCGAGUAUCAUUUUCAUGGAUGAAAUCGACUCGAUUGGAAGCUCAAGAGGAGAAAGUGGCAGCGGUGGUGGAGAUUCGGAAGUACAACGUACUAUGCUCGAGUUAUUGAACCAGCUGGAUGGCUUCGAGCCAACGAAAAACAUUAAAGUUAUCAUGGCUACAAACCGAAUAGACAUUCUUGAUUCUGCUCUGCUUCGCCCUGGUCGUAUUGACCGAAAGAUUGAAUUUCCGCCGCCGGGACCUGAGGCUCGAACCACCAUUCUACGUAUCCACUCCCGCAAGAUGUCGCUCCAGCGAGGCAUCAACUUGAAAGCGCUGGCUGAGAAGAUGGGACAAUGUUCGGGUGCUGAAGUUCGUGGUAUCUGCACGGAGGCUGGUAUGUAUGCAUUACGGGAACGAAGACAGCAUGUCACGCAGGAGGAUUUUGAGUUUGCUAUCGCCAAGGUGCUCAAGAAGCAACAAGACGGAAACACAUCAGUCAACAAGCUCUUCUCGUGAUGGUUACAAUAUUGUAUUUACUGCACACUCGACUAUUUGCCAUUUUAAUGCAAAGUGGCUGGCCAAUUCGCGUCCACCUUGCCCCCAGCCCCAGCUAAUUUGGAUUCAAAUCGUUGAGGCAAACACCGCUUCCCAGCUCCUGCGAGAAGGUGUCUCGGGCAUCCGUGCCCAGAGGCUCCGCUCAGCGGUGCAAUUGCGGCGUUCAAUUAAAUUUGAUCUUCUGACCUGUGACUGCACGCGAAAACGGGUUUUGCAUCAUUUGUAAGAGGUACUUUCAGAAAGUUGUUUGCUCCCACCGCCAGUAUUUC